AGUCGGAGAACUCACACUGAGAAAAACCUGCAGUCAUCUCUGCCGCUGGGACGUUUAUGGGACACUGCGAAGAAGGCGGGAUAUACAGGAGGGAGAGGAAAUCACUGAUAAAUAGGGUCCAGUUAGUCUCCAUCUCUCUCCGACAGUUCUCUCGUUCAGCAUGGAGCCCAACAGCCCCAAGAAGAUUCAGUUUGCCGUUCCACUUUUCCAGAGCCAGUUGGAUCCCCAGGCGGCCGAGCAUAUUCGCAAGCGCAGACCUACUCCAGCCACACUGGUCAUUUACAAUGAGCCCAGUGCCUCAGGAGAUGACAAGCAGUCUACAGGCCAUCAAACAGAGGCCCAGAACGCGCAGCUUUCUCCAGCCCAGAGGAAACAGAGCGUCUACACACCGCCCACCAUGAGAGAGCUGCAGCUGGUGGUGGAGCAGCACUUUCAGAGGCAGGAGCAGCAGGAGACGGGGCUUUCUGACAGCCCUGACACGCCCAGUCCAAUCACAACACAGCAUUUUGCCACCGAAGCUCAGUGGGCCAAUCACAACAGCUCAGAGCCCAAUGGCAAUCAGUCUUAUGUCAGUACUGAGGGGCAGCCAGGCAGCAGUGGGGCCGGGGGAAACACAGCAGAAAGCUCAGGAAGCGAGCAGAAAAACUUGAGCAGUCCUUCAUCUGUCUCUCGAUAGCCGUAAUAAUGAUCGUGCCCACCGUAAACCUUCCCAAACAUUUACUGUUCCCUCACUCUCUGGACUCUGAAUAAUGAAGACACGCUUUCUCUAAACUCCUGCAUUCUUCUGCAUUUCUGGCCUCUUUCAGUUCAUUUCCAGUGAUGAUGACCUUUCCUUUAGAGGGUUUUAUUUGUGUGAAAUGUAAUGCCUGUUCUUCACUUUGAAAUCUGUACUCAAUUGAUCUUCCCUGUUGGUUUUUCUAUUUGAUAAAAACAGCAUUUGAAAUAUUUACAGUAUGGGUAUCUGUGGGAUCAGAAAUGCGGUGGCGUAUUUUUGGGGCUCUUUCAGAUCAAUUGUGAUGUUAGAUUAUUUAUAAAUAUGUUGGUUCUUUUCUGAUAGAGACAAUAAAAUAAAUGAUUUUUGGAGCUUGAAAUAAAAAAAGAAAACAAAA